GCACGACGUACGAAACGCACGCACGGGCGGGCUCGAGCCGAGCCGAGCAGAGCGCACGGUUGCCGCGUCGGAGACAAUCCACCCCGGCGAUCCCUCCCCCUCCCGCUCCCGUGCGCGGUGCCGCGCCCAACCUCCGGCGGCACACGGCCGGCGAGCGACCGGACGACCGACCCGCGCCGCCGCAUCGAUUCCAAGUUCUUUCAUGGGUAAAUGGUCAGGAUCACCAAUCGGUAGCACAGGGGGAUGGAAUUUUCUGCCCUUCUGACCUCAGCGGGCAUAAACAUCGGCUUCUGCGCGCUGUUCCUGUCCCUCUACUCGGUCCUCAGGAAGCAGCCUCACAACUACGGCGUCUACUUCGGGAGGCGGCUCGCCGAGGAGAAGUUCCGGCAGCAGGUCGAUUACUUCUCGUUCGAGAGGCUACUGCCGACCGCUGGAUGGAUAGUGAAGGCAUACUGGUGCACGGAAGAGGAGAUACGCCGCGUUGCUGGCUUGGACUCCGUGGUGUUCCUCCGCCUCUUUAUCUUCAGUAUACGUAUAUUCUCGAUAACUUCUCUUGUUUGUAUUUUUGGAGUGCUUCCUGUGAAUUACCAUGGCAAAGAAAAGAAUCACCAAUAUAUGCCAACGGAGUCUCUGAAUGUUUUUACAAUUGCAAAUAUCAGAGAGGGAUCACGAAUGCUUUGGGUGCAUUGCGUCGCCUUGUAUGUUAUAACAGUGUCGGCCUGUAUUCUCCUUUACUAUGAGUACAAGUACAUAUCAAGGAAGAGAUUGGCUCAUAUUACUGGAUCACCACCAAAUCCUGGUCAUUUUUCUGUGCUUGUCCGCUCAAUACCAAAGUUAGAUAAUGAGCUGCUUGAUGACACUAUCAGAAAUUUCUUUGUUAACUAUCAUGGAUCCAGUUAUUUGUCACAUCAAAUGAUAUAUCGGAAAGGAAGUAUGCAAAAAUUUGUGGAAAAUGCAGAGAAGGUAUAUAGGAAAUUUGUAAGAGUAAAGCUUUCUACAUUUGGACAGAGUAGAAGGUCUAAUUUGUCCAGAUGCGGUCUUUGUGGAGUACGGGCUUCCUCAUUUCAGCAAUAUCGCAACAAGUUCAUCAACUCUAAUAAGCCAGACCUAAGUGACCCAGAAGUAAUUGAAGCUCAGAAGGAUUGUCCAGGUGCUAUAGUAUUUUUCAAGACUCGCUAUGCAGCGAUUGUUGCUUCACGAAUUCUUCAAUCUUCAAAUCCUAUGCUAUGGGUGACAGAUUUGGCUCCAGAGCCAAGAGAUGUCUAUUGGUCAAACCUCUGGAUCCCCUAUAGACAGAUCUGGCUCAGGAAAAUAGCAACUCUUGCAGCUAGUAUUGCUUUCAUGUUUGUGUUCAUUGUCCCCGUGGCGUUUGUUCAAAGCAUGAUGCAACCUGAUCAGAUUCAGCAGAUAUUUCCAAGUCUGACAGGCAUGCUGAAGAAGCCCCUUUUUGUCAAAAUUGUAACGGGAUACCUCCCUAGCGUCGUUCUGCUGCUGUCCCUAUACACAGUUUCUCCAUUGAUGAUGUUCUUCUCUUCAAUAGAAGGAUCAAUUUCUCGCAGCAGCAGAAAAAGAAGUGCAUGCUUGAAAAUUUUGUUCUUUACCAUCUGGAACGUCUUUUUUGUCAAUGUUCUCUCAGGGUCCGUGCUAAAUCAGUUAAAUGUCUUCACUAGACCAAGGGAUAUGCCAUCCAUGCUUGCUGAACUCGUGCCAAAGCAGGCGACUUUCUUCAUCACGUAUGUCCUCACGUCAGGCUGGGCAAGUCUAUGCUCUGAGAUAUUGCAAGUGUACAACUUAGUAUAUAACUUCUUCAGAAAAUGUAUAUUUUGCUAUCGGGAUGAUCCAGAAUACGGCUACUCUUUUCCAUAUCAUACUGAAGUCCCAAAAGUCCUCCUAUUCAACCUGCUUGGCUUCGCAUUCUCGAUAAUGGCACCUCUAAUACUGCCCUUCUUGCUUGUCUACUUUUGCCUUGGCUACCUGGUGUAUCGCAAUCAGAUCCUAAACGUCUACUACCCAAAGUAUGAAAUGGGAGGGAAACUGUGGCCAAUCAUGCACACCGCGUUGGUUUUCGCACUGCUUUUGACACAGACCAUAGCCCUUGGAGUGUUCACUAUAAAGCACGCUCCUGUAGCUGCAGGGUUCACCAUCCUACUGCUCAUUGGGACAUUCCUCUUCAAUGAGUAUUGCAGACACCGGUUUUCUAGCAUAUUCAACUCUUGCUCUGCUCAGGAUCUGAUAGAGCUGGACAGAGACGAUGAACUAUCCGGGAGGAUGGAGGAGAUCCACCAGCAUCUUCUGGAUGCCUACUCUCAAGGCUCCUACAACACUGACAUCUCCAGAUCUUCCAGGAAUGCGGGGGGUCCAAUCGAAAUGGUUAUGGACGAUCCUGCGAAGGAUGCACAGGACUCAAACCAAGAGCUCUGUGACACCGUGAAGGAAGUGACUGGGUCGAUUCAGGAGCAUGCUGAAGAGAAGUGACGCUCCUGCUAGUACAUAUGGUAUAUUAUAUUUUUGUUUGUUUCGAUUUGUAAUCUACCAUUCGCUCCGAUGAUGUGUGUAGCUUCACUAUAUCCUUAGGCCAAGUAGGUGCUAAUUAAGCUGGAGAAAAGCUCCUUGAAUGGCUUUAAGGGGGAAACUAACUGUGCAGAUUACCCGAGUCUCUCCCUGUUUCACUUUUACCACCACACAUGGUGUACAUAAAACAGAUUCAUAGCCUGUGCAUCCAGCUCGUGGACCAACUUGGUUGACAAUGCUGAUUUGCGUACUUUGGUAUAUGAAAUAUUGAACUGUAUAUCCAAACUUUAAUAUUCCUCUGGACAUUGUACAUUUGCACGCCUUGACGGCAUUGAUGAAUAUGGCUUGUACAU